GAUCAGCUCACAGCCUAGUCACUGUUCCACCAGCAGCGUAUCACACGCAGGCCCAAUGUCACCUCAGCCCCAGCCCUGCAGCCCGGGCAGCGCCCUCAUAACGCUCACGUUCCCGGACUCGCCGCAGUCAGCAGGCGCCAACGCCCAGCCGCCGGCGCCUCGUGAGCUGGUGGUGGACCGUGCGCUGCUGUUCCAAGCCUCGCCGGUGCUGCGCGGCCUGGUGGAGGACGUGGCCGGCGGCGGAGGCGGUGACGGCUGCAGCCGCGUGCCCCUGACCGGCGAGGACCCGCAGCUGUGGGCGGUGGCGCUGCAACUGCUGCAGCACGAGGACACGCACCUGGCUGGUCUGAGCUGGGACAACAUCACUGGCGUCUGCCGCCUCGCCCACAAAUUCGGCAUGUGCGUGGUACAGAAGAGCUGCCUGCUCUUCCUAACCUCCAACCUGCCCGACACCCGUUUCUCCGCACCCAUCACCUCACCCAAGAACGUACUACACGCCGCUUCCCUCGCUGAGCGCUACCUGUGUUGUGGUGGCGGCGACGGCGGCUUGCUGCGGCCUUUCAAUAUCGCCGUGGAUGCGGCUGUUCGCGCCGCGCUUCCCAAGGCGGUUAUGCUUACGUACAAGGACUUUAAUGGCAUGACGGGCUCCGACCACUUCCAUAAAUGGCAACGUGCUAGCACGCGCCUACUGGAUGCCCUGAUGGCGCUCACGAAUCAACGCGAGUACAUGAGCGUUGUGGCGCCCGGAGUGCAGAGCCAGGUUGCCCGUUCGCUGCUGGACGGCAUGCAGGCGCUAAUCUCCGGCAUGUAUACAUGAGGUGCCAAUGACAGCUGCUGGCAGGACCGCUUUGAUUACCUGUAGACGUGCGACUGGAGUGCACAGAGAUGCGGAGAGAGGCAGCAUGGCCUUGUCGUCUUAGCUUGCGAGCAAUAGGAAGUGCGUGGUAGCGCGAGCAGUGCUGCUGCGGUAUUACCUGCUGCGAGUUCGUGGUGUGCUGUCGUGGCACUGGGCGCGCUCUGGUCCUGAGGUCCCUCCGUGAGGACGUCCGCGCCUGGGAGCGGGAAUGGGUUGCAGACGGUGGCUCUCCCGGGUGCCGAUGGUGCCUGGUGCCGCAGCUGCUGGAGUUGUUGCGAGUGCUCUGGGCGGGGCCUUCCUAGUGUGCUGACCUGGUUUGGCGGCGUGUUCGUGCGUGUGCGCCUGUGUUUGACUGUGUGCCGGUGGUUGUUCCUGCGCGGUCGCUGGUCUGCCUUAUUGUGGAGGUCGGUUGGCUGCUUUGUUGCUGGGUCAGUGCGCGCGGCCGCUGGGAUCGGCAGGCAUGCAUGGCAGUCGGGUAGCUGCUGCCUGUGUUCGUCCCUGGCCUGCUUGGGCCCUGGGGCCCGGUUUGCAGUGUGUUGAUGGGGGGUGGGGUGCCGUUUCCCGUUCUCGCGGUGGUUUGGGCUUGGUGCUGGGUGUCCGCGCUUCUCCUCCUUCGCCUGUUUUUGGGGGGCCCCGGUCUGCCCUUGCUUUGCCCCGGAGGGUGCCCUUGGGUUUCGGUGGCUUGUGCGGUUGUCCCUGGUGUUCUGCUUGCUCGGGUUGCAGGUUGCGUGCCGGUGUGGUGCUGCGCCUUCCCCUUCCUUCUCCUUUGUAACCACACUCAAUU